CCUUGUAACGUGUGGAAUGAUUGAAUUGUGUGCUUUAGUCAGUGCAUUCUUCGAACUGAGAGCUACACAUGUACAGCACAAAGAUGGGCUCGAAUGUGAAGAUUAUCGGUAUCUCAGUGGCAGCGUUUGUGCUACUGACAAUCACACUAUACGGAGGUCUAUCCUUUGCUGUGUGGAAUCUACAUAGCCAAACUGUGAGUCUAAAGGAUGAAAAUUGGAACCAAGACACUGAAUUGCAAAGUCAAAUCAUUGAAUUGCGAAGUCUAAAAUCUGAGAAUGCGAACUUACAAAACCAAAUCUCUGAAUUGCGAGGCUUUGUCGGAGCUAAUCCAAACCCCCACUCGAGUGAUGAAGCCAUGGUGAUGAACACACUAAAGCGACUAACUCGACAAUCUGGCUCCUCUCAAAGUGCUACUGAUCUACUUGCUGAUGCUCUGGCAGAACUAAUUGAAAAGAAACUGUACACUAUAAUGGACUGUGCUAGAGAUGACGCUGAUAAUUUAACCGACUGUUCGCUCAAGCCAGGCCCAAAGGGGGACAAGGGAUGCCUGGGUGAUCAAGGUAAAGAAGGCCCUCAGGGAAUGAACGGAGAGCCUGGGAUCAAAGGACACAUUGGCUACCCUGGUCAUAAAGGCGAGGUGGGUGCAAAGGGUCCUAUCGGCAAUCCCGGCCCAAUGGGGGACCGAGGGGUUAAGGGAGAUAUGGGCGAGAUCGGUCAACAAGGUGAGGCUGGGAAUAAAGGCGAGCGAGGUUUGAAAGGACAUUAUGGUUUCCCUGGACACAAAGGCGAGAAUGGGGGGCCGGGUGCCAAGGGGGUUAAAGGAGAUCGAGGCUUUGGAGGCAAUAAUGGACAAAAGGGAGAGAAAGGAAUGACGGGGGUGCCAGGUCCACUGGGACCUAUUCCCACCACACAACCACCAACUACUGGAGCACUGACUACACAACCACCAACUGUCCCCUCUGAGAAGUGUGGUGGUCCUGGAUGGAGGAAGGUGGCAUUCAUUGAUAUGACUAAUACUAGCCAAAACUGCCCUCAAGGACUAACACUGACUAGCUACUCAAAACGAUCAUGUGGUCGAACACAUACAAAUGGCCAGGCUUGUUCAUCAGUCACCUUUCCUGUUGGUGGGGGUCAAUACAGUCGAGUGUGUGGGAGAGCUAAGGCUUAUCACUGGGGGUACCUGAAUUCCUUUCUUGCGUAUAACCGUAACUCACGUGGUAUCAAUGCACAGUACGUUGCUGGACUAAGCUUCACUCAUGGAACACCCAGGACACACAUUUGGACAUUUGCAGCUGGUUUAUAUCAAGCAAACAGUAGUAAUAAUUUCUUUUUUGGAUAUGGAUACGUUCACUGCCCUUGUAACCCAGGCAACACCUACAGCUCCCCUCCUUUUGUUGGUAAUGACUAUUUCUGUGAGAGUGGCCCAAGCUCUCGUUCUGCAAUUGGACCUAACAUAUUUUACCCUGAUGAUCCACUCUGGGAUGGUCAGGGCUGUAUCCAUGGCAACCCGUGCUGUUCGUUAAACAACCCACCGUGGUUUAAUAAAACACUACCAACCCCCACAACUGGUGACAUUGAAAUGAGAAUGUGUAUGUGGGAAGCUGCAUCUCGAGCUAACAUAGCUCUUGAACAAAUGGAACUAUACGUCUACUGAUGAACUAUAGAGACACUGAAAAUCGAUCUCACUCUGUUAGCUAUUAGAUUUACAUAACUAUUGUGACAUUCUUAGUUAUAAGUAUAUAAUUAUAUAGAGUGAUUACUACAAGCGAAAAAUCUUUGCAAAUGAGUUAAAUUAUAUACCUGAAA